GCACGCGCACACUGCACGAACAAACCCUGUGGCUGAGAGUUUUUCUGGGGCUAUGGGCCGCAGGAAGGUUUCGCGGGGGUCCAGGGCGGAGAGCGGUAGGGUUCGGCGUCCCCCGGGCCGCUCUCUGGAUGCUUUCGCUGAGGAGGUGGGCGCUGCCCUGCGCGCAUCCGUGCAGCCCGAGGAGGCCGAGGGCCAGGACGAAUCGGGCCCGGCGGCGCUGCCUUGUCCCCUGGCUAUGUGGGAGCUUGGUCACUGCGACCCCCGGCGCUGCACGGGCCGUAAACUGGCCCGCCUGGGUCUGGUACGCUGCCUGCGCCUGGGCCAAAGAUUUGGCGGUCUGGUGCUCAGCCCCGUAGGCACUCAGUACGUGUCUCCCGCAGACAGACAGCUGGUGGCACAGUCAGGGGUCGCUGUCAUAGACUGCUCCUGGGCCAGACUGGAUGAGACACCCUUUGGGAAGAUGCGAGGGAGCCAUUUGCGGCUCCUGCCUUACCUCCUGGCUGCCAACCCUGUAAACUAUGGCCGGCCCUGCAGACUUUCCUGCGUGGAAGCUUUUGCCGCUGCUUUCUGCAUUGUAGGCUUUUCAGAUCUUGCUGUCAUUUUGCUUCAGAAGUUUAAGUGGGGCAAGGGCUUCCUGGACCUGAACCGACAGCUCCUGGCUAAGUACGCAGCCUGCCGUGGCCCAGAGGAAGUGCUGCAGGCCGAACAGGGGUACUUGGCUAGCAUCAAGGACACCCCCGAGGAGGAGGAGAUCGAUCCCUUUGAUGUGGACUCCGGGAGAGAGUUUGCAAACCUCAACAGGCCUGUGACUAGUACCUGGCUGCCUGUGGACACGGAUGACAUUGAUGAGUCUGAGGACGACAGUGACAGUGAGGAUUCUGGGGAGGCCGGUGAUGAGUGUGAGGAACAAGGAGCUGGUGCUAGUGGAGGAGAUAGCAGCUGCUCUCAAGAGGCAGAGACAGAAGAAGAGGAGGCCAGAGACUCCCCUGAACUCUGGAAAGAAAUCAAGAGACCACGGAGAGACUGAAGGUUGCAAACACAUUAUUGAAGCUGGUGUGUGUUAGUCCAGAUGUGGCGGUGGGACUUGGGGAUGGACAGGCCUAUUGGGACAAUUCUGUGACAGCCUUGUUUGGAGUCCUACCUUGGAGCUCUUGAUAAAGCCAAGAAGGAGCCUCCCAGUA